CAACGGUCUUGUUAAAUUCUCUUUGUUGUCAGCUCCUUCAACAACAAAGAAACGUUGCAUUUUCACCUGUGAAUUCAUUUUUAUUUCUCGAAAUUUUAUCUGGGUUUUGUACAUACUCUGUUCAUUGUUCAAGAAGCAGAAGAGCUUCAUGGAGAUAGCUGUCAUUGAUUGGAAAACCAUUGAUUCAAGAUUUGUUAAAGACGAUCUUUAUGAGCAUUUUAAAGCUCCUCAAUGGGUUGAUUUUUUCGCCCCCGAUGCUCCUGUUGAUGAUGAUGCUUGGUUCUGCAGACCUGAGUGUAAUCAUCCAAAGACUCUGGAAGAUUUCUAUAAAGUAGCUACCCCUUCCUCCUCUUCGAAGCUUCAAAGAUCAGCUAGUGUAUCUGAUAUUCCUCUUGGGGAACGAAAUAGGAGAGAUGCAACAUUGAAGAAGAGAGGGCUAAUUCAACCGCUGAUAUCAUUGAAUAAAGACUUGAAAUGUGAUAAGAUUGUUGAAGAUAGUGAAAAUCAGAAUCCCAAUUUUGCAACCCCUCCAAGGUUCUUCAAGGCUAAAUUGAUGAAACAAACAAUCAAGUCGAGCGCGGAGAAGAAGCCAGUUGAUGAAAAAGAGGAACAUAUACCAAAGCUGAAAAGUACUCUUUCAGCUAGGAAUCUUUUUGCUGGUGGGGAUUUGUUGAACAAGGUGUCUGAGUUUUGCAAUGAGCUGAAGAGACUGGUAGUUACCAGGACUAAAGAGAGAGAGAAAUGUGCAGAUGAGAACUUGCCACUAAUUGUUGAUGAUAAAGAAAGGGAAAGGAAGCCAUUGCUGGAGAUGACUAAAGAAACUAAUGAACUAGUGGCAAAGAGCAACACUAAGGAGAAACAGAGAAGGAAACUGAGAAAUGAUAAUGCAGAAAACACACCAAUACUUGUGGAUGUGAAGAACAUUAAGCGCAGAGAUGAAGAGAUCUUGUCUCAAAUCCGCACAAAUCCUCCCACUCCUCAGUGUUUCUCAGCCAGCCGGGGAGUUACAAAGGCCGCUCCAUCUAAACCUUUGAAAUCUAGGCCUCUGGAGACAAGGGGGAUCCUUCAAGAACUGGAACAAAGCAGCAAUGAAGGGAAGAGAAAGGAAGAUCCAGGGAAGAUGAUGACUAGUAAUAAUAAUCAACAAGGACAGAGAGGUGCUGCUAUUGUUGCUGAAAAAGAAGCUGCAAGAGCUUUGGAUGUUUUCUGGUUCUUGAAGCCUUGCACACUUGCUAGCUGAAAACAUUUCAUGAAGUGCUUACUCCUUCCAUACUUAAAAGUGUCAUUUUGCUUUUCCAUAUUCUUUCAUUCUUUAUAGUUUCUGAUACACUCAAUCAAUCUUAUGAGUUUACCCCCAUUUCUUUGAGGACAAUAAGUUGUAAGAAAACAGUUCAAAAGUCCAGAAUAUUAAAUAACAUUAUCAUUUUAUUGUUCA